GAGUAAAAAAAAAACACUGAUUGUUCUUGUUUUAAAAACUCCAUAUAUAAUGAUAACACGUUCGCGUGUUCCUCGUCAAAAGAGUGUCUCAGUGAGUACAAUCUUCAGGUGUCUUUUGGUUUUGAUCAAACGGUCUAUUAAAUUCUCGUAGUCAUCUGUUUUUUCCAUCUCUUUUUCUCGUUAAUUUCACUUAAGAAAACAAUGGAUUAAAGAGUCUUUCUUUCCAGUGAUCCUUUGAUAGGUGCUAGCGUUUUUUUUUCUCAAUUAGGUUUUCCAUAAAUAAAUUUAGAAAAUCAAGAAUCAAGAAGAAGAACCAGAGAUGGUGAGAACACCAUGUUGCAAAGAAGAAGGAGUAAAGAAAGGAGCGUGGACUCCUGAAGAAGAUCAAAAGCUUAUUGCUUAUCUUCAAUUACAUGGUGAAGGUGGAUGGCGUACUCUCCCUGAGAAAGCUGGAUUGAAGAGAUGUGGGAAGAGUUGUAGAUUGAGAUGGGCUAAUUAUUUAAGACCUGAUAUUAAGAGAGGAGAGUUUAGUCCUGAAGAAGACGACACUAUUAUCAAGCUUCAUGCUCUUAAGGGCAACAAGUGGGCCGCAAUAGCCACUAAUUUGGCGGGACGAACUGACAAUGAGAUUAAAAAUUAUUGGAACACAAAUCUCAAGAAGCGCUUAAAACAGAAAGGCCUUGAUCCAGUCACUCACAAACCGAUCAAUUCAACCGGUCUCAAACCAGAAAAUCAUAAACCGAUCCGUUCUUCCGGUUCUGCAAGGCUUCUUAACCGAGUCGCGAGCAAAUACGCGGUCGAUUUAAACCGGGAUCUACUAACCGGCAUUAUCAUCGGAGACCCCACAUUCAUCGCCGUGGAUUCACAAAUGAUCGAUUCUCCAACCGAGAAUUCGACCUCCACAUUGCUCAAUAAAAUGGCGGCAAAAUCAACCUCUCUCACAUCGAUCCCGAUCAACAAUACGUCGACAUCUUCCGGUUUAUCCGACAAUUGUUCUUUCUCCGAUGAUUUCACCGAUUUCUUUAGCAACGAAGAGAUCUCCGAUAUGUACACGAAUGUCGAUAAUGUUGGGCUUAUGGAGGAGUUAAAGAGUAUUUUAAGCUACGGAGGUGCCGGCGCCGGAGAUAUUAAAGAGUCGCCAGAGGUUAAUAAUGUAGCUGAUGAAAUGGAGUUUCUUGAUUCUUGGAACGAAGAAGGCGAUUUGGAUUUGGACAAGUUCGUGAGUUCGUUAGAGUCUAAGGUUGGUGUCUUUGUCUGACGAGUCAAAGUAAAAUCAAUCACACGUUGGUUUUUCAACUUUUUUACAUGGAUUGGCUGUAUCGCCACGUGGCGAAAAUAAUAUGCUGUCGUAAUAAAUUAAUAAUAAAAAAAUAAUUAUU